AAACCGAUGUCUCGACGCCGUCGAUACCCCAUAAAACUACUUAUAUGCGCUCCCCUCGUCGAUCUUUAAACGCCAACGUCUCCUCCUCGGAGGCCAAGAAAUCGAUUGCAGCGCGAAGGGGAGAACAGAAACCCCUCUUCUUGUUCUAAUGGCGGAGGAGAGGAAACCCCUUAGCCUCAACGAGCGCAACGCGCGCCUCGUCCACGACCUCUCGCGCUCUCGCCCUCGCUCAGAAAUUAGGGUUCGUAAGAUCAAGAUCGAAGGCCGGCGGCGGCUUUGCAAGAUCUCCUCCUCUGUAGACGCCGAGAGCCCGGAUGGGAAAUGGUUGGAUUCGCCUCCCGGGGAGAACGAUGACGGCGAGAGUAUUCGCGAUAUCCUUGAUGAUCUCACUUCCCGGCUGGAUUGCCUCUCCGUGGAGAAGCCGAAGCCGAGGUCGAAGCCGAUGGUCCGCGAGCCGGAGCCGGAGCCGUCCGUGGAGUAUGAGAGCGCCACCUCCUCGUUGUCGCCUUCAUCGGUUCAUUCCAGCCCCGGUGUCGAGAAAGAGGUUAUCGAGAAGGGAAAAGAGGUUAAAGAUAAAGCGGCGAGAGUUUUUUCUUUGGAUGAUGAUGUGGAAGGGAGAGAGGAAGAGGAGGACGACUGUGUGGUUUUAGGAAGCGGUGGAAAGAAGCAGGCGCCGAAGGGGGAAGAGAACGAGGGUGAAUCGGGUGACUUUUGGAGUGAUGACGAUGUGGAGGAUUCGGGUCGUGAUGGUAAAGAUGGGGAUGACUUCACUAUGGUUGGCAGUGGCACCGGUAAGUCGAGGACGUACAGGCUUCCCGAGAGGAUUUUCAAGAUGUUAUACCCGCAUCAACGGGACGGUUUGAAAUGGCUGUGGACGCUUCACUGUGGUGACACAGGUGGGAUUCUUGGGGAUGACAUGGGGCUUGGCAAGACUAUGCAGGUUUCUGCUUUCUUGGCUGGACUAUUUCACUCUCGCUUAAUAAAGAGGGCAUUGAUCGUUGCUCCAAAGACACUUCUUGCUCAUUGGAUGAAGGAACUAUCUGUUGUUGGUCUUAGCGAGAAGAUUAGGGACUACUCUGGAACUAAUGCAACAAGCCGCCGCUACGAACUUGAACAUGUGCUUAAGGAAGGUGGUGUACUUCUCACGACAUAUGACAUCGUACGAAAUAACUCAAAAGCUAUAAGAGGUGAUUGGUUUAUUGAUGGAGAUGAAAGCGAGGAAGACAACUUGUGGGAUUACACUGUGCUUGAUGAGGGACAUAUCAUAAAGAAUCCUAAGACACAAAGAUCGAAGAGCAUAUCUGACAUACAAAGUUCUCAUCGCAUCAUAAUUAGUGGAACCCCAAUUCAGAACAAUCUAAAGGAACUAUGGGCAUUAUUCAAUUUUUGCUGCCCAGAUAUCUUGGGUGACAAGGAUACGUUCAAAAUAAGAUAUGAAAACCCUAUCCUUCGUGGAAAUGACAAAAACGCUUCUGACAGGGAAAAACAUAUUGGUUCCACUGUAGCUAAGGAGCUAAGAGAGCGAAUAAAGCCUUACUUUCUCCGUCGCUUGAAGAGUGAAGUAUUUUGUGAAGAUGAUGGAGCUAACAGUGUAAAGCUCUCCAAGAAAAGUGAGAUAAUUGUUUGGUUAAAACUAACAGCUUGUCAGAGGCAACUUUAUGAAGCUUUUUUGAAUAGUGAGCUGGUUCAUGCGUCAAUGGAGGGUUCACCCUUAGCUGCUUUGACAAUAUUGAAGAAAAUAUGUGAUCAUCCAUUGCUUUUGACCAAGAAAGGUGCUGAAGGUGUACUUGAAGGGAUGGAUUCAAUGUUAAACCGUGAAGAAGUCAGCAUUGUUGAAGCUAUGGCUAUGAGUUUGGCAAAUAUGACUGACCAAGAUAGUAUUUUACAAAUAGAUCAUAACAUGUCAUGCAAGAUAUCUUUCAUAAUGUCUUUACUGGAAAAUUUAGUUCAAGAGGGACAUGUAGUACUCAUCUUCUCACAGACUCGUAAAAUGUUGAAUCUUAUUCAGGAAGCAAUUACAUGUGAGGGUUACAAGUUUUUGCGAAUUGAUGGUACUACAAAAAUUCAUGAGAGAGAGAGAAUAGUCAAGGAUUUUCAAGAAGGUCCAGGAGCUCCAAUUUUUUUAUUGACAUCACAAGUUGGUGGACUUGGUCUUACACUUACUAAAGCAGAUCGUGUUAUUGUUGUUGAUCCAGCAUGGAAUCCAAGUAUGGAUAAUCAAAGUGUUGACCGUGCAUAUCGAAUAGGGCAAAAGAAUGAUGUCCUUGUCUAUAGAUUGAUGACUUGUGGAACAAUUGAAGAGAAGAUUUAUAAAAUGCAGGUCUUCAAGGGUGGCUUAUUUAAGACGGCUACAGAGCACAAAGAACAGACUCGAUAUUUCAGCCAGAAGGAUAUUCAAGAGCUUUUUAGACUCCCAGAACAAGGAUUUGAUGUUUCACUCACUCAAAAACAGCUACAAGAGGAGCAUGAUCAGCAACAUAAUAUGAAUGCCUAUUUGAUGAAGCAUAUAGAGUUUCUACAGAGACUAGGUAUUGCUGGUGUUAGUCACCAUAGUUUGUUAUUCUCUAAGACUGCAGUGGUGCCUACUGUUCAUGAGAAUGACAAAAUACAAAGUGUUAUGGGGAACAGAAUCGUGAGAAAUUCACAAUCUGGCUGGUCCAAUGGGGCUGAGCAUGCGUUCAAUCCAAACGAUAAGGAGUUCAUUUCUAGGAGAUACACUCCUAAAAUUUUGACAAAUUCAUCAACGGCCAGUCCAGAAGAUAUAGAGUCAAAAAUUAAACGCCUCUCUCAAACUCUAGGAGACAAGGCAUUGGUCGCGAAACUACCAGAUAGUGGGGAUAAGAUCCGGAAACAGAUUUCCGAACUUAGACAACGGCUUCAGACAGUUAACAAUGCCUCUUCAAUACGAAGGAAGGAACCAGAAGUAAUUAGCAUAGAUGAUGUCACCGAGGAGUUGAACAAAGUCAUUUUGAUGUGAUUGUGUUUUCCUCAUCAUUUUAUGAAAUAUUUAAGUGAUGUACUGCAUCACUUUAUUUGCCAAAAGGUUUCGAUUAUGUACCAUAUUUAAGUGAUGUACUGCAUCACUUUAUAAGGCCAAUUUGCUUGGUGGCUCUUUCUUUAAUCAGAUCUUGUGUCACGGAUUGAAAGUUGGAUGUUUGGCCUCAUGUUAUCCUCCUCAAUUCUAGUUAGUGAAAUGUUAUUAUUUGACAUUAGAGGUGUACUUUCUGUAUGGCUGACAUGUAUGAAUAUGAUAUGCUUUUCUG